GUAAUGUUUAUUUGUUAUAUGAAUUCUAGUAUUGCACAGCAAUAUCAAUAACAUUAGUAAUAGUACUAAUAAUAGUAAUAAUAAUAGUAGUAAUAAUAGCAAUUAUAAUUAUAAUUAUAAUCGUAAUAAUAUUUACUAUAAUGAUACCCUCUGGAUUAAUGUGCGUAAUGUUUAUCAGAAUAUUUUGUUCUAUUUCAUUUUCUUUAAUUGAUAAGUUCAUAGUGAAUAAAUCUUAUGUAUAUAUAUAAUUAGUUGCUAUGAUCCAUCCAUUAUAAUGCAUGGAAUAUCUUGUCUAAUUCAAUAAAGUUAAUCAUAAGUGAAUGAAGGUAGGGGAAAAUAGAGUAAGAUUUUUAAAAAAAAUUAACAAAAGAAAUAGAAGCAGAAAUAAAACUGAAAAAUAACUCAAAAUAUAUAGAACUAGCCUAUUCACAUGAACAUGAGUUUUGAAUUGAUUACAUCAUCAUCAUCAUCAUCAUCAUCAUCAUCAUCAUCAUCAUCAUCAUCAUCAUCAUCAUCAUCAUCAUCAUCAUCAUCAUCAUCAUCAUCAUCAUCAUCAUCAUCAUCAUCAUCAUCAUCAUCAUCAUCAUCAUCAUCAUCAUCAUCAUCAUCAUCGUCAUCAACAAUGUUACAAAAAAUAAUCAAAUCAUUAGCAUAA